AUAAAUCACCGUUCAGUGCACACACAACUUUAUCUCUUAUAGUUAGUUUUCUUACAGAAAUGAACAUCGCAUCUCUUUUACGGAGUCACAGAGAACAAAACAUCAUGUAUCCAGUCUGUUCAUUUUCAGGUUGAUUCACAAUCCGUUCUCUUAUUUCACAGGUACGACUGCAAUUUUAUGAAGAAGGUGCCCUUCGUCAUCUCCAUCUACCCACAAAAUUAAGGAAAAACUUUCAUCAAAUGAAAUGUGCUCUGACGCAAAAAAAAUAUCUAAAAGUCUAGCUUGAAUUGUCAGAAUUUAAAUUACACGAUUUUUAGAAAUAUCAAGAAUCAGCCAUGUCCAAGGAUGACACCUGCAAAGUUACGUCUGCCAGCAAGCACAAGGAGCGCAAGCCAAAGAAGCCUCACUAUAUUCCCCGACCGUGGGGCAAGCCCUACAACUACAAAUGCUUCCAGUGCCCCUUCACCUGCAUGGAGAAGUCUCACCUCUACAACCAUAUGAAGUACAGUCUGUGCAAGAACUCCCUGUCUCUGCUCAUAGAGUCAGACUGGCCAUAUAAAAAGGGCAACAUCCUGCACCCAGAGCAGCUACGGCCCUUUCAGCAGGCCCACGGCCUGCAUGCUUCCGGAAAAGAUGAGCUAGAACAGGUGAUACGCACUGAGGAAAGGCAGGGUCAAAGGAGAUCUGUGGAGGAGGAAGGUGAAGGCAGAGACAGCCAGGGACCGGAAGAUGAAGAAGGACAAGGAGAAAGCGCAGAAAUCACUGGGCUGAUCAAAGAAAGCUCAAGUGAUGGCAGCAGAGGUGAUGCAACAGAGUGCACUACCAAGAAAACCAAACAGCCAGAUUCAGAGCUCGAUGACAUGCUCUCACUUGAAGAUCAAUUUUUACGAGCACGCUCUGUGGAGGUGGAGGCCCAGCUGAGACAUUACAAGCUAUCAAAGACAUGUCUAACAGCUCCUGGGCUACUGUCAGAGCAGUGGCGGCUGCUGGCAUCCAGCCACACCAAGGCCAAAGCUGAAGGUCCUCAGCCUCGAGUGAAUAAUUCGUUCCCCUGUUACCCCCCUCCACCAAACCUGGUAGAUUACCAGGACCCCAGUGGACUCAAUCUGUCGGUGCUUGGGGUAGGUUAUCCCAUCAGCCCCAGCCUCUUUUCCUACAUGAACUCAGCUAUUCCCACUGCAGCCUCAGGUGUCACCGCCCAGACCCAUGCACAGCUCGCCCAGCUCCCCUUCCUGGCGUCGGCUGCUCAGCUGAUACACCCAGCUUCCAGCACACACACAGAUCGAGCUCUCAUCCCCCCUCGACUCUACUACCCCUUCCUGUGUGAGCACACGUUCGGACAGGCAUCCAGUCAGAGUGAUACCAGCAAAACUCUCAAGACAUCUACAAACAGUCUAGAAGCAAGUCCUUUGUCCAGCUUCCAGCCUAAAGUCAAUCUGUGGAAAGUGCCUGCUGUGAGGCCAGGAACGACCAUCACUCCUACUGGCUGGGUGUCACCUCAGAGAGACUCCCCCGACCAGGGCUACAGGCUGGGGGAAAAACUGCAGGCUGCAGCCAAGGAAGGCAGAGCAAGCUGGGGUCUGAAAAGGGCAGGAGCUGCACUGAGAAAUCAGGAGGCACCUGUGGAGAAGAAGCCAACCUUGGGCUUGACUUUAGACCUUCUGAAGAAUAUUCAAACUGCAUCUACUCUUAAUAUGGCAACAGACAAACUUCUCUUCCAGGACAGUUUACAGGAUGCUCAGCUUCAGAGUCAGCCCACUGAACUGUGGUACAGCGAUCCUCUCACCAGUCCCCACAGCGAAACAUCUUCUCUCUCAGCCUGUGGAGGACUCAACAGGCAAGACUCAGCUGCUACAAGAACAAUCGGAGCAUCUGAAUCAGUCGCCGCUCUCCUCGGUGACCUCUCCAAGGCACUGCAGGAGUACCACGAGGCUGAACGUAAAAUCUCCCACCUAGAAAAAGAAGAUCUUCCUGCCCAGAGACAUCUCUGGGAACAUCUGAACAAAAUCCGUAGCGAGCUUUCUCACAUUCACCAGGCUUUGGAGCGAACAGCUCGCCAGAGCGAUGGGCCUCUGGACCUGUCAGUAAAGAGGGACUCGACAGACUUGAUCGGUGAUCAGAACAAGAGAGAAGAUGUUCUUCUUAAAGAAAACACAACUGAGACAGAGGACGAGGACGAGGACCUGGAAGAGAAAAAACAGGAAGAGGAGGAUGAGAGUGAGAGGAAGGCAAUACGGGCCUCACUUGAGAGUCGUAAACAGUCGCUGGACAUGCUGAUCAAGAUGAGUCAGGCGUCAGUGGUAAACACGGAGAUUCUCUCUCCUGGUGGCCUCGGCCUGAGGCCGAGUCCUGCUGAGGCCCUAUGGGCAAGCAGAACCACCAAGUGUGAGGCAGACUCCAGCGUCCUGCUCUGCCCCGAUGGCCGGUCAGUAGUGUUCACCGACAUCCCCUCCUCUGCCAAACCCCCAAAGAGACCCUCAUCCAUACAGCGACUUGAAGCCCACUGUCCUCCGAGCCCUUUAACAGCUACUGACAACUAAAAGCUCUGCUCAUCUGGCUGUAAUAUAACUGAACCCAUACAGUGACUCACAUGCAGUCUUCUUCAUUGUUACAGGCAUGCCUAAAAUUUUCUCUGGCUGGAAAAGAAAAAAAAAAAAAAGACUGUCACUCUCAGUUGUUCACAGAAACAUUUUGCACCUUAUAAAUCGAACUCGAAUGAAAACUCUGAAUGAGAUGGAGUUUUUUUUUUCUAACGCACUAAAGGAUGUUAAUUAUUAACACUAAUAAUUAAAAAAAAAUGUUACUUCAGCAAUUUUUAUCAGGCAAAUUUGAACAAUUAUGCACAUUAAAAAUCAUGAUGAGCGAUAAUCCUUUGAAUUGAUUUGUAAAUAUUGUAAUGAAAAUAAAUGUAAUUAAUGUAAAAUGUUUUAAAGGCUAAUGUUUUUAUACGGAUGAUGUCAGGUUGGGCUGAAAAUAAAAUGUAUUAUACACGGUAAUUCUUUGAGGAACCAUAAAGACGUCUGUUCUUUUCAUUUAGGUGAGAAAAUGGAACAAAACGAGGAAUAAGAC